AUGCCUCAGAACCCCAUCUUAGAAGUUGAGAUAUUUGAUUGUUGGGGCAUUGACUUUAUGGGGACAUUCAUCUCUUCUCAUGGAAAUCAGUACAUCUUAGUGGCUGUGGACUAUGUGUCAAAAUGGGUGGAGGCCAUUGCUAGUCCCACAAAUGACUCUAAGGUUGUGUGCAAGCUGUUUAAGAGCAUCAUCUUCCCAAGAUUUAGUGUUCCAAGAGUUGUGAUCAGUUAUGGUGGGACUCACUUAUUGAACACGACUUUGGAAGGUUUGCUAUGGAAGCAUGGGGUUCAGCACAAGAUAGCAAAUUCAUAUCAUUCCCAAACCAGUGGACAAGUGGAGACCUCCAACAAACAGAUAAAAGCAAUCCUUGAAAGGACAGUGAAUGCAUCUAGAAAAGACUGGUCUAAGAAGUUAGAUGAUGCACUAUGGACCUAUAGGAUAGCUUUCAAAACCCCCAUUGGGACAUCACCUUUCAAUCUGCUGCUACAGCUUCAUGAGCUAGAGGAGAUCAGGCUGAAUGUUUAUGAAAGCUCAAAAAUAUACAAAGAGAGGAAAAAGACGCUACAUGAUCAGAAGAUUCUCAAGAGGGAUUUCAAGGAAGAGGAUCUUGUUCUCUUGUUCAACUCAAGGCUAAAGAUGUUUCCAGGGAAACUUAAGUCAAGAUGGCCAGGGCCUUUCAAGAUCUUACAAGUGAGAAGCUAUGGAGCCAUUGAACUUGAGGAAAAGAAUGGUAACAGUUUAGUGGUGAUGGACAAAGGCUCAAGCCUUAUUUGGCUAGAUGUUUUCGAUGUGUUUGUUGAGUCUGUUCAGGUCUAUAAGUGUUCAGGAGUUGUCCUAAGAAGAAGGAAUGGUGCCAAAGGGAAGGAAAAGACAUGCUGCACCAAGUUAAAUCCGGUCUGGGGCACAUUGAGCUCAGCAUCAGCCAUAUGCACCUCGGUGUGGAAAGUUUUUCUUUAG